CGCGUUGCUAGCGGAGACGGGCUACACAACUGCAGACUUUCACUUUGUUUGUCCUCUGUAAUCAACACAAAUUAAGUUGUUAUUGUGCUGAUUAAACAGGGUGACACUACCUAAACUUCGACAUGGCUGGCACAGCUUACCAUAAUGAAGCUCUUCGCAAACAAAGAUUAAUUGAAAGAAAAUCUGAGGCUAUGAGAAAUUUAAAAGAAUCUUUUGGACAGCAUAGCAUAGAAGCUGGUAUUGAACAAAGUAAACCAUCUAACUUGGUAUUCUCAGAAGCUGGUCAUUAUGCUCAAAACAGGCUAAGCUACUACAAAAUUGGACCAAUGAGAGAUCAACGUCAGUAUGACCACAGUAGAGAUGGACCAAUCGUUGAUAGAUCAAAAUACAGCUUAAAACAGGAGUUUAAUUUCCUAGGAAAUAGUCUGUCCAUGUUGAAGAGUGAUAUUGUUCCUGAACACAAGCCCACACCAGUGUGCCGCAGAUACUAAUGCUUUCGGAGUUUUUAACAUGCCCAAAAAUGUUACCUGAAAUGUUGAUUUGUUGAAGGAAUUUUUUCCCAGUUGGAUAAAUCUCGUCUUGCUUUAAGGUACAAAUUGCUGUUUAAUUUUUAAACUUGGUAUUUGGAGUAAACAUUUGUUUGGUAACAUUUUUUUAGGGCAUGUUCAAAAUUCUGAACAGUAUUUUUUUUUAUAUAAAAAUUACAUAAUAUGAAGUUUGCAAAGAAGUGAUUUGACAUUUUUUAUCUAUAGAUCUAAACAGGUCUGCUGUUUGCUUUUUUUUUUUUACAUAUAUAGGCAGUAAAACUGAUGCAUUUAUUGUUAUUUUGUUAGACUUUAUACAAACCUUGUUCACAUUUUUUUUCACUCUACAUUUGUUAUGUUUUAACUUUUCUUUUUUCAUACCUACUUGUUCGGUGAUGGUUCAACUGUUUUGUUCAUUUACAUUAUUCUUGUUUAUUCUGUUACAACUUUACUGUCUUGCUCAAACUUUUAAAAAGUAAUUUUUUCAUAAUUUGUAACAAAGUGGCUAAUCAUUUUCUUGAAAUUUAAUGUUUUGGAAACAGUUAAAGAAAUAUAAUUUAAGUACAGUUCUUAUCAGUAUUACUGCCAAGGAAAAUUUUGAGUCAAUUUUAAAAUGUGACGAAGUGUGGUUUUUAGAGUUUUUAUUUAGUGAUGAAAUAUCUUCAAAUCCUUUUUUUUUUGCCAAUUGAAACUGCACAGUUCACUUGUGAGAGAUAUUUUACUUCUGUUUAGCACUCUAGGUUUCCACAUGCCAGUAAAAAUGCAGCCAAAAAUUUCCUGAGCAUGUGUUAUAGUUUAGUUUCUUUUGCACUGUUUUCUCAUUUCAACAAAAUGUUAAGUUUGUUGUCUUCACUAUUUAUUAGUAAAUAUUUAUUUAAGCCAUUUAACCUUUCUGUAUUUUUUAUCUAUAUAUACUUAACCCGUGCCAGAAGUCAGUAUUAAAUUUUGAUUAAAAUGUUUAUUCCCAUAAAUUUUUCCUAGAAUUUGAGUUGUAAAUUAAAUGGAUAUUGAACAUAUGAUAGAAUGUUUAAUUUUAUUAUGCUACUUGUGUGAAGAAAUGGCUCUGUUUUUGUGGUAGAACAAUAUCUUUUGUAAUUAUUGAAUCAUGCUGUUUACACUGAUGCUUUUAGAGUGUUUGAAAAGAUUUUUUUUUCUUUUUAGAGCUUUUCAGAGUGGAGUAUAAAAUCAGACUGCUUUAAAGAAUGAUUUAGCUAGAAAUACUUAAUAUGUAUUUGGUUGCAAAAUGCAUAUUUGUUGAACAUCCUUUGAGUUAGUGUGUUGCCUUGCCUAACCAUAUCAUAAUUAUAAACAAAAAUAUUUUUUGUAAAAUCUUAAAUGCCAAGGUGAACAGCAUUACAAAUAGGAAAAAGUUGGUUAAAGGGACUUUUUUUCUGAAACAGCAUAAUGUAUAACCAGAAUACCACAUUGUUUCCAUCAGUUAAAACCUUGAUUUUUGAACAGUUUUGUAUCAUGUUUAAUAGGUUUUUUCUUAACUGUAUAACUAGAUAAUAAAUAAAAAUAACUGUUUAUAACAAACUAAUGUUUGUCUCAGAGUAACAUGUUUUUCAAUAUAUAUAUUUUACACGUAUAUGUAUAUGAGAGAUAUUUACCAGAUAUGUAUUGUUAAAUUAUUACAUCAGUAUUACUCUUAAACCUAACAUGUGAUUGUCUAAACUUGUUUUUGUUUUAUGAAGAAUUAUAUAAAGAGCACAAGAAAACAUAA